CCCCCCACCCCCACUCCAUCCAUCUUUCUCUCUGCCACGCGGUGACACAAAAGCGACAACAACGGCCGCAACCGUGAUCUGUGCGCAUGCAGUGAGGCGCAAGAUGCGCGAGAAGGAUCACUCACCGCGCAAGAUGCUGCCCAGUCCAAAGCAAGGCGCGGUCUAUCCGCUGCUCGGUCUCGGAUCCACCCUCCCGGCCCCGUUCGAUCUCUCGCUCGUCAACCGUUCGUCCUCGUCGAAUCUGCUGCACCAGCAGCAGCAACAGCACCAGAGCCUCACCGAACAACCGCUCGAUCUUCGGGUGGAGCGCAAGAAGUCUUCUGUUGGUGGUGGUACCGGUGGUGGUGGUGGUGGCACAUCAACCUCCACCUCCUCGGACGACGAAACUGACCCGCCGCGAGCCAGCUCGACCGACAGCAAGGCCGGCAGCAAUGUGAUAUACUUUAACGAUAACAACAACAACUCCAACAACAAUCUGAACAACAACCACAGCAAGCAGCCGUCCGACGGUGACAAGAGCCCGAGUCCUACCAACCACCACAACAACAACAACAACAACAGCUCGAAGUACACCAACAACAAUCACAUCAACAUUAAGGAUGAGUUCCGAAUAUCGAGCCUCGCUAAUCACAGCCCCGGUGCGCUGUUUUCUGGACCGCCCGGGCUUAAUCCGCUCAUGCUGGAAGCGAUCGCCAAGGCUGGACUUCCACUGCCGUACCGUGGUUCCUUUCUGCCGCCGCGCUCGUCCGCCUCCUACGAUCUGCAGCGGCUAAAGGAGCGAGAAGCACUCGCCGUCAGCUUGUCGCAGCUCCGUCACAACGCAUCCAACAGUGGAGGAGGUGGCGGCGGAGGCAAUGUCCUGAACAACAACAACGCCAACAUCAUUAACCACAAUCUGCCGGCGGGUGCUGGCGGUACUCCGGCGCCCCACGGCAAGAACAAGGAUCGGUACGCGUGCAAGUUCUGUGGCAAGGUGUUCCCGCGGUCGGCUAACCUGACGCGUCAUCUGCGUACCCACACGGGCGAACAGCCGUACAAGUGUCGGUACUGUGAGCGAUCGUUCAGCAUCUCCAGCAACCUGCAGCGGCACGUCCGGAACAUCCACAACAAGGAGCGUCCGUUCAAGUGUGCGCUGUGUGAGCGUUGCUUCGGGCAGCAGACGAACCUCGAUCGACAUCUGAAGAAGCACGAGGCGGAUGCGGCCGGACUGGGGCUUGGGCUAGACGAGCGACUACGGGCAGCACGGCGGAAUAGUCGCGGUAUUCCGGAAGAUUCGUACUUCGAGGAGAUCCGAUCGUUCAUGGGCAAGGUGACACAGUUGCCGAUCCCGCUACGAUUGCAGCACCAGCAGCAGCAGCAGCAGCAAUCUCCCUCCUCCCAAUCUAACGCCGGAGGUGACAGCCCGUACGGCAGACGAUCACAAACCCAGCAGCAGCACAACGAUGGACACAACGAUACGCACUCCUCCCGCAGCUCGACACCGUCAGACGAAGAGCCUGUUUCUCCGGCAGGCGGCAGCAUCGGAAGCCCCCAGCAGGACAUCCAGCCGGACAUCAAGAUGGAGACGAACAACAACGAGGACGGGGACGAACCUUUACAGGUCACCUGACCUGGGGUGCCCGAGACCCGCGGUAGAGAGCUAGGGUGUACCUGCUGAUCAGCGCACGAUCACGUUCCAGAGAGAGAGAGAGAGAGAUACUGAGAGCGUCAUGGUUCCUUCGGUACAGUAUUUUAGUUCCAUUCCAUUCCACUGUACUGUAACGCAGUCAGAGCACACGGAGCACCAACGGUCAAAGCCCGGUUCAACCACUACUAUUCUACUACUGUUACGGACAAGCUAACCACUCAAACCCGCAAGGUACAAUCGAUCCUAAAUCGUAGCCUUUAAGUAAGAUCGUAACGCGCGCGCGCACUUGUUACGUUACGUUACGCUGCGUGUUACUACCAACCCCGUUGUACUUAUAGGAAAGACUCGCAAACAAAACAACACUCGAGAGAUUACCAUUACUACCCAAUCGUUCGCGAUAGCGGCCCCGAUCUGACGGGUCGAAUUUAUAGUAUUUGAAGCAACUAAACCGUCUUAGAAACUAGGCUAAAGCACUAACUAAUUCUCGAACGCUAGUUAAUUAUGUUGUGUGGUACGCGAAUGUUCUACGCGAACUGCUACGGAACACGGUGAUAAAAUACUCCUUUGUGCUUUGUUUUGUAUGAUUAUGGGGAGGGAAGGAAGUGGAGGAGGAAGCAAAAAAGUAAUACGAAACCUACUUGCCAUACCGAUCAUAUGCUCUUGCUUCCUCGAUAAGUAUCGUAAGUGUGUUUAAGAGGGCGCCUUUUUUUAAGAUGUUUCGUUUAACUUCCAUUACCUUUUACCAGCUAGCUGUUACUGUUACGAACUAAUGUUUAGUAAAAACAAAAAACAAAGCAAAUGAUGUAGGCACGAGAGCAUCAAAAGUUGGGAAAAGAGACAAUCCAUGGUACUCGAAAACGAAAAGUAAUUGUUCAACCAAAGCCAAAUGUAAAAAUGCUGCUCGGGGACGUGCUGCCACUUGUCGGAGCAGGUGACGAUCAAGUGACAACUGUUGGGGAUGAUUUUGGAAUUAAAAACAAGGGGGCCCAUCAAUCAACACGUCCCGCAGGUGGUGUAUGUGCCGAAUGAGAUGAGGGAAAUUGUCUAGACUCUAGCUGUGGCGUUACUCGUACUCGAGUGAGCGAAAUGAGCGUGAAAUGUUAUAGUAUUGUUGAGUUUUAGUUCUUCUAGUAGAUAGCAAUGUUGGAUAGUUUAGUGAGAAGCACCACAGCUGUGUUUGUUAAUUAGUUACGUUUUACAUAUCGGUUUCCGUCUCUUUUGCCCUCCUCUAUUCACAACACUCACGCGACGCCGGGAUUACGACCAAUCGAAAACUGAAAAAAGGAAACCAACCACAAGAUGUUCUAAUUAAGUUUUGCAAACACGUGAACCAUAAACCACUCUUCUUGUCCGCCGGCUUGCUGCACGCCGUCAAACAACCGCUGCUGCCGCCAUAAAACGGGCACUUUUGGGGGCACGGCGGCAAGCAAAUGGCCCUCCACUCGCAUAAAACGGACCCGCGGUCUCUGAUCUCCGAUAACACCUCAAUGUUCCGAUGGUUUGUAGUAGCCCGAUCACACUUUAGGAAGAUCCGCAGCGUGAUCGUAAACGUUUGGGGAGCGGAUUUUUUGCCCCCACUCUGAUUUUUUGGAUGUCUUCAACUUACCUUGGAAUGGCAGUCAGGUACCGUUUCGUUUCUUUUUUGCCAGACACAGCGAUACAACGCUCCUGAUAAGCGGUUGAUUCAGCUGAUCUUCAGAAGGUUGUCUUCGGAGGUUGUGCUCUGGAGAGGGAAAUUGCACAGACAAGAAAAAAAGAAGCGUGGCAAUUAAACAUGAACACGGAGACAGAAAGCGCGGUUGUGAGGACUUACCAACCAGCAGGCUUGGUCGAUGCUGGAGAUACGAAUGCCGAUUCUGGAUGAAAGAUACCACCAGCCGUUAGCCCAAUAGGCAAUAAGGGGAAUUCUAGAGGAGAAAGAGCAAAGCAAAGAGGGAAAACUGAAAUACAUUAUCACAAUUAAAACAAUCCUACAUCACGCCACACGCACGCUGUUACAAAUUAGUUACCAAUAUAGUGAGAUCAGAAACAUCAGAAACACACACACAUGGCAGAGGAGCGGUCCUCAGCGUUUACAGAGCCUCUAAUGACAGGUUAGAGAAGUUGCAGAGGCAUGAUCGCCACACAACGUCUCUGCCAUGACCGGCCACGAGCAGAUUCCUCUCCCUGUUUCUUGUUUGUUUUGUAAUGUAAUGUUUGUUUUAUUGUUUUUUGAGAGAGAUUUUAUCUGUUUUACAACCAUUUUUUUUGUACGUUUUAUUAGUCCAAAUAUACACACGCGCACCAGCACACACACACGCAGUUACUUACACAAGAAGCAGCUGGCGAGCACCUAGAAAAAGAAAAAAAAUAGGAAAAAAGAUUCGAUGCACUGUCUCGCCGAGGGCAACGAACCAAGUGCAUCGAGGAUAAUGUAAGAUAAUAAAGGUAAAUAAAUAGCACACUAAUCAUAGAUAAAAAAAA